AUGGCGAUGCCAUAUCAUUCGCUUUCCACCAUUGCAACUUCCAUUGUUAUUAUCUCUCUCUUAGUUAUCUCUCACGCAGAAGAUUAUGUCCCUCACCAUGGCGAUGUAAUUAGCCUCAACAUGAUUCAUCGUGACACACCAUCUUCUCCCUUAUACAAUUCGUCGUUAACUAAAUGGCAACGAGAAAGAAUUGCCUUGCGACGUUCACGUGAUCGCAUCAACCGUUUCAUCUCAUCAGAAGAUGAAUCGCCUGAUCAUCUAAUCUAUAGCCAACGAGAGUACCUGGUGAACAUAUCAAUCGGUACACCACCAAGACCUUUCAUUGGAAUUGUUGACACCGGAAGCGAUCUUAUAUGGACACAAUGCAUGCCAUGCAGGGAAUGUUUCGAGCAAAACCCUCCUCUCUUCGAUCCAGCUUCUUCAUCAACUUAUAGAAAGCUCUCUUGUAUGUCCGACGAAUGUAAUUUGCUAAGCGGAGCCGCCUCUUGUGCCAGUAAUUCAAGCUCUUGUGACUAUCAAUAUUCAUAUGGUGACGGGUCUCAUACCACCGGAAAUCUAUCCCUGGACACUGCUACUUUGGAUUCCACAUCCAUUCCCAACACUAUAUUUGGUUGCGGACACCAUAAUGAAGGAGUGUUCAGUGGGAUCGAGUCAGGAAUUGUUGGACUAGGCCGCGGAGCUGUGUCGUUUAUCUCCCAAAUAGGGGGUUAUUUGGUUGGCGGGAAAUAUUUCUCUUAUUGCUUGGUUCCUAAUCCUGCAAUGUCUUUCCUGUCUAAUAACUAUAACCCAAUCUCCUCAAGCAAGAUGUAUUUUGGUCGACUUAAUACUUCAUCAGGUCCUGAAGUGGUCACCACCCCUUUGCUUUCGAACGGUGAUAGCGCCACUCAAACCUUUUAUUACCUUGAGCUUCAAGGCAUUAGUGUUGGAGCCAACAAUAUCACACUUGAUGCAGAUGCCAAGGCCUUUAAGGGUAACAUGAUCAUAGACUCAGGGACUACCUUAACGUACUUACCGAAGUUGCUUUAUGACAGGUUCAAAUCAGCAAUUAGAGAGGCACUUAAAGAUCGAUUUCUGGAGGUGAAGCAAGAUCCGACUGGUUCUGGACUUUGUUUCUUGACUAAAUAUGAUAUUCUUCCUGGCCCCAAUGUCAUUCUCCAUUUUAAUGGUGCAGAUGUGAAGCUAAAAUCUACCAACACUUUUAUUAGGAUGGAUGAUGAGACUGUUUGCUUAGCAUUCUCCCCAAGCAGCGGUGUUGGAAUCUAUGGGAAUUGGGCACAGAUAAACUACUUGGUAGGAUAUGACCUAGAUAACAAGACUGUCUCCUUCCAGCCAACUGAUUGUACAACUAGCUAG